AUGAGCGCUAACGGUACGCGGAGGUUCGUGGAGCAGAGCGUGAUAACAUCGCUCGUGCCGUUGCUCAAGCGCAACCUGGCUAAGCAGCCUCCUCCACGCCAUGACGCGCCUUUUGUGCGUGCAAGCGUGGCUGCUGUGUUCCGGUGGAAGGAGAAGGAGCAGCGCUCGCUCGAACUCCUGUUUGUGCGGCGUAGUGUGAAUGAAAAGGAUACGUGGAGCGGCCAGAUCGCCUUCCCCGGUGGUCGCAGGCAGAAGAAGACCAAGAUGGACCUCAAGGCAUUGGACGAUGUCUCGGGCGAAUGGACGGACUGGGAGUCGCUUCGUGAAACGGCUCAGCGCGAGACCAUGGAAGAGGUCGGAUUGGACCUCACGAACGAACAUGUGCACUGGAUCGGCAACUUGCCGCCGAUUCAAACGCAUCUCCGCUCGCUGAGUGUCAGCACGCAAGUUUUCUUCAUUGAUGCUGCGGCGGACGAGCACGAUUACAAGCCCAAGAUACAGGAAUCAGAGAUCGCAGACGUCUUCUGGGUGGACGUACAGGAGUUAUUCAACACGCGACGGUAUCAGGUACUCUCGUAUCCGCUGGAAGACAGUCUCAUGAGUCUGCGUAUGCGUCCACGUGUGCUGGCACUGGCGAAGAAGCUACUUGGCAACAUGCAGUUCGACUGCAUCUACCUGCCGAGACCAGAUCAUCCGCCGCCCGAUGAUGAGCGUCUACCCCGUCGUGAAGUGCACGACUUCGUGUUGUGGGGAUUGACUCUGCGUGCCGUGGUGAACCUCUUCACGACUGCCGGCUCUCCGCUCCCAAUGCGUCCAGACUCGCAGCAUUUCGACUCGAAGCUACUCGGUGACAUCGUAUUGUACUGCAUGCGUUACCCGGACAAGGUCAUCGCGGGCACUGCCACCAUCUCGGCCAUGUUGCUCGUCGGCGUCGUUUACAGCAGCCUGUAA